UCUUGUACUAUAUAAAUGUACGUAUGUGUGUGGCUCUCUCAACUAGAGGUCUAGGUAGUUACAAGUAUCAGACUUUCUCAUUCUCUACUCGAAGCUUUUCUUGUGAGUUGUGAGAAAUGGUUUCUUCUCAUUCAAAUGAAAACCCGUGUACUGAAAAGUGUUGCAAAAGAUUGCGUACCUUCCUUAGAAACUUUAUUAUACCAACCAGCCUGCCUCUUCCUCUACAUAAGGAGCUUCCAAAUGACAUGCGAGGCGUUAUACUGGUGGCGGUUGCUUUGAUUGCUGCAGUGACUUUUCAAGCCGGAGUUGCUCCUCCCGGCGGAGUUUGGCAAGAUUUCGAUGAUGGACACAUCCCGGGGCGGGCAGUAUACGCUUCUCAACCAGUACCCUUUUAUUUUUUCUUGAUUUGCAACACCAUGGCCUUUUCUUCCUCAAUCUAUCUCUUAUUAUAUCUUACUUUUGGGAAACCUUUCUUCUUAGAAGUAUUAGUUGCCACUCUCUCAAUGUGCGGGACUUAUGCAGCUGCUGUUUUUUCCAUUACACCUUAUGAAACUGCCCCGUUUCGUCUCAUCGCUCUUGUUGCAGCUCUGCCUCUCGCGCUACGGCUGGCUAUCUAUUUGUUGUGCUGGAUGAUCACGAAAUUAUGUUGCAAGAGAUGCAAUGAAGCUGUUAAGAAAUCAGAUGAUAACGAAUCAAGCUCUGGCUCAUGCCCUAUUUGCCAGCGCUGUAAGAAGCACGCCAAGGAUCUUCCCGAGUCCGCGUAAUUAGCAUGGCCUUUUAUCUCUUAUGCCUAACUCGAUCGCUGGUUUCCUCAUCGGAUUCUCCUCAAGCCUUCUAGGUGGUUCGACAAGGGUUAAGCUUCGAUUUGGCCUUCCUUUUUUUUUUUUCUCUUCUUCUACAUCUACUUAAUUAAUGUUUUUCGUUUGAUUUGGUUUUUAGUGAUAUUUGGGGCCUCGUACCUGUUCUUUCCACUGUUGUAUUUCACUAUUAUAUAUGUAUCGUUUCUUGAUAAUUUCAGCUCAGGUUCUCUACUAAGGUGGUAGCCUUAUAUGUAAGGUGAUGUCAAUUAGUACUGAUAUAAAUUAGUGAUCAUUAAUUAUGAAUCAAGUAUUUUUA